AUGAUACGAGAGGGGAAAUACAAAGAAGUGAAGAUAAACAUAACUACAUUCAAAAGUAGGAAGCCAGAUACAAAACCAGAAAACAAUAUCGUUAACAUGAAUGACAAUAGUUACAAGAAACAUAAUCAUAAAGAAACAAGCAAUAGAUUCAUAUGCUCGAUAUGUCUUAAUGCCAAUACUCGGGAUUGCAACCAAGAAUUUGGUAGGAGACAAUCUAUGUCAUGCCCUAAGUGCAGGCAGAGUUGCGACUUCGAUAAGCUAUCUCCUCGAAUUAAAACAAGAACUGUACAAACCUCAAACAAUGAUGUCAAUCAAGAUUUAAACCUUCUUAAGGAAGUGUUGACUGUAUUUAAAAACAGCAAACAAGUCGUCAAAAAGUCUGAGAGCGACACACUCAAGAAAGAUGUUUCCGUUGAAACAGACAUGAAAAUAAGUCUCAGACACAAGCUUUCCAAAAGUCGUACAUUCCAAUUCUCGAUUGCAGAAGACAGUGCUGCCAACAAAGUGAAUAAUUGCAAAGUUAUUCAUUAUUCUGAACCUGAUAAUGUUAGGAGAUCGCAUUUCGGGCUAGAUUUGAGUAAACGCAAAUCUUCGUCGAUACCGCAGAUGAAAAUUGAAGAGUUGAGACACUCUUUGAAGGAGAAGACCACGUCCAAAGAUGCUAUCGAAGAAGUCAACAGAAUGUUUGCAACUGUCCGAAGAAAUGAAGACGAGAAUAGACAUAACAGACCGUUCGUUAGAACCGGACCACGUGUGCUGCCAGUCGUAAGAACUAACAUCGAUAAUAAAAAGAAAGAAAGUUCCGAAUCGGACACAGAGAAAUUGACUGAAAAUACUCCUUGCAAAUGUUGCCACGCUAAUAAUUGGCAAAUGUCUGGUGGCGAUUCGGCUUACAAACAGGAAUGCUGUUACCAAAAGGUUGCUUGUAAGGGGGACUGUGAAAAAUGCAUCUACAUGGUGUGCUGCCAUCAUGAAAAACUGGAUAAAAUGGAGAGUUCUGCGUAUGUGUGUGAACGAUGCAACAAAACGUAA